AUGCUCAAAAAAGCUCAUAACAAUUUGACAGUAUUCACAACACAUAGUUCCAAACUCCAAUCAUUUAUUGGUGUACAUCAGAUAGAACAACAAGUACAUACAUUUCAAAGGUUUGUCGAAGAUCAGGAAAAUGACGAAAGAGCUAACAAAAUUGACAUCAGAAUAAGGCAAAAUGGUGCGAUAGAAAAGAUACUAAGUGAUGUAGAAUCAACAGAAUCCCUGGGAGAAGUAAUGGUUGUUAAAACAGAAAUAGCCUUGAAUAGAGAAACAAGUGUGAGUAGGAAAGCACAAGUCCAGUCAAGACUUCAAUCCAACAUAAACAAUAUGGAAAUGAAUAUUGAAACCAAAAUAGAUAUAAACAUAAAAGCGUACAGCAGUGACAUGAUUUGUCUGGUGGAUGGCAGAGUUAUAGUUGUGGAAUGGGCAGGAAAAGUAAACCUACUUACUUCUGAUGGCGAACUACAGAAACAAUUACCUAUAGAAGAUGGAGCCUACUGUAUUACACAGGUCAAUCAGAACACUAUAGCCAUAACUUAUCCUAAGACGGGACACAUUCGGAUCUUCAAACUGGAUAAUGAAACGGUUACCAAAGUUAUCUCAUUAGAACUACCAUGUUAUGGUUUAUCAUUCUCCAAUGAUUCUCUGGCUGUAGGUUUGCGUGUUGAUGAAAUCCGUAUUAUAGACUUGGAAGGAAAUACAGUGAAUUCAAUACAAGUUGAGAGUAAAUCCGGACUGUUUAACCUUGUAUACUGUAAUGACAGGCUGGUCUAUUGUGACGAGGUAGGUAAAGCAGUAUACUGUGUGGAUGGGUCAGGUAAACAGAUCUGGCAAUAUGCACAGGAUUUAACAGGACCAAGAGGACUUUGUACAGAUACUUAUGGUAACAUUAUUGUAACAGACGGUAGAGCAGAUAGAAUAAUAGUAAUAUCAAAGGAUGGACAGAAUAGUAAAGUACUGAUUAGUGAUGAGGAUGAACUAAAGUGUCCCUGGUGUAUUUGUUUUAAGAAGAACGAGAAUUUAGGUUAUAUUUGUAAUAUCAAUGCCACAUGCUUGGUAAAAUUCAUUUUAUCUUCAGUAUAA